AUGCCAUCUCGCGGACGCCCACGUCUGUAUCCAACCACAGCGGAGAAGAAUGCCGCUCGCGCCAUCCGUCAGAAGCAAUACAAGGCUAAUCCUCUUCCCCCCCCACCGCUGCAUACACGGCUGGAGCACUCGUUCAUUACAUGGAAUCCUGCUGAAGGGCCGGUAGCUGAUCCCCCCAUCACCCAGACUACAGAUAUUUUUACAGAUCUCCACCAUACUAUUCUUGGUGACGAUGUAGUGGCACUGUUGGAUUACACCAGUGACAGCUCAGCAAGUGUGGACCCCGGCAUUAAGGAUAAUGCAGGUGAGGCGGAUAACAUGAAUCUGGAGUGGGACAGCAACACUGGUAGCCAUAAUCACAAUGAUAGUCAACAUAGAGAUGAUGGAGACGAGCCACCGCCUUCCGGAAUGCUGGCCGCUACCGACACGGAAGCCCCCAGACCGACAUAUAUACGGGUUGCAUGUCCAGCGGUGCCGCUAGCAGCCGACGAUGUUCAUCGACAGGCGAUCCUUGCUCAGGAGCUUGCACAGCAGUUAAUCCAGCAUCAUGGCUUACCGAAUCUGGCAUCUUAA